CACACACACACACACACACAAACACAAAGUCUUUCACAAAAUAAUAACAAGAGGAAACGAAUUACAUUACCACUGCCUCCGCCGCACAAGGCGGAACCUAAGUAAACGCCGGUGACCGGAAUAGUUAUAAUCACAUCCUUUCUUACACUCUCAUAGAGCACCAUUGAAAUUUUCACAAUAGAAACCAAAUCAAUCCAACCAACUAUAAAAACCCAAUUUUCACCCUAUAAUUUUUCUUCCAAAACCCUCAAAAUUCAGAAGUAAAAGGGUCAAUCCAUUUUCUAUCACAGUGAAAAAAAAAUCACUUUGGAUCUUUAAAGUUUCAAUUUUUAAGUAAUUUUUUAGCUUUCACCUAUUGAUUCUGCUACCUUUAGCAUUUAUUUGUUGUAUCUAUUGAUGUGUAGUUAAAUGGAUGCAAGAAAACUAAUACCCCUUUUAAGGGCUAGUGUGAAUUCCAAGUCAUUGAAGCAAGGGAAAGUUUUACAUCAAAAAGUUGUAACUUUAGGUUUGCAGAAUGAUGUUUAUGUGUGCAAGAAUUUGAUUAGUUUAUAUGUUUCUUGCAAUUUGUUUGAUUAUGCAAAGAAUGUAUUCGAUGUCAUCGAAAACCCUUUUGAGAUAUCUUUAUGCAAUGGUCUUAUGGCAGGUUAUACUAGGAAUUGUAUGUAUGAUGAAGCUCUAGGGCUUUUUGAUAAGUUGAUGUGUUAUCCUUGUUUGAAACCUGAUAGUUAUACUUACCCUAGUGUUCUUAAAGCCUGUGGCGGGCUUCGUAGAGUUGUGUUGGGACAAAUGAUUCAUACGUGUUUGGUAAAAGAGGGUUUAAUGGUGGAUAUUGUAGUUGGAAGCUCUCUUGUAGGUAUGUAUGCGAAAUGUAAUGAGUUUGAGUGUGCUGUAAAGUUGUUUGAUGAAAUGCCUGAUAAGGAUGUGGCAUGCUGGAAUACAGUGAUUUCUUGUUAUUACCAAAGCGGGAAAUUUGAAGAAGCGCUAAGAUACUUUGGCAUGAUGAGAAGAUUUGGAUUUGAGCCUGAUUCGGUUACAAUCACAACUGCUAUUUCAUCGUGUGCUAGGCUUUUGGAUUUGGAUAGGGGGAGGGAAAUUCAUAAGGAGUUGGUUAAUAGUGGGUUUCGGAUGGAUAGUUUUGUUAGCGCUGCUCUUGUUGACAUGUAUGGAAAAUGUGGUCAGUUAGAAAUGGCUAUAGAGGUUUUUGAGCAAAUGCCUAACAAGACUGUUGUUGCUUGGAAUUCCAUGAUUAAUGGAUAUGGUUUCAAAGGUGACGGCAUUUCAUGCAUUCAACUUUUUAAGAGGAUGUACAGUGAAGGAGUCAAGCCAACUUUGACUACUUUGACCAGUACAUUAAUGGCUUGUUCACAAUCAGCACAACUAUUAGAGGGAAAGUUUGUUCAUGGAUAUAUAAUACGCAACAGAAUACAGCCUGAUAUUUUUCUUAAUAGCUCACUCAUGGAUCUGUACUUCAAAUGUGGAAAGGUUGAGUCAGCUGAAACUAUCUUUAAAUUGAUGCCGAAGACGACAACAGUUUCUUGGAAUGUUAUGAUUUCUGGAUAUGUAACUGAAGGGAAACUUUUUGAUGCCCUUCGCCUCUUCGGUGAAAUGAGCAAAUCAUUUGUUGAACCAGAUGCUAUUACUUUCACCAGUGUUUUAGCUGCUUGUUCGCAACUAGCAGCACUAGAGAAGGGUAGAGAAAUUCACAAUCUGAUUGUUGAGAGAAAUUUGGGAAACAAUGAGGUGGUUAUGGGGGCUCUCCUUGAUAUGUAUGCAAAGUGUGGUGCUGUAGAGGAAGCAUUUGGUGUUUUCAAAUGUUUGCCAGAAAGAGAUCUGGUGUCCUGGACUUCCAUGAUUACUGCUUAUGGGUCUCAUGGUCGGGUCUAUGAAGCUUUGGAGCUUUUUGCUGAAAUGCUGCAGUCCAAUGUGAAACCUGAUAGAGUUACUUUUCUUGCCAUAUUGUCUGCUUGUAGCCAUGCUGGAUUGGUUGAUGAUGGAUUAUAUCAUUUCAAUCAAAUGAUCAAUGUUUAUGGUAUCAUACCUAGAAUUGAACAUUAUUCAUGCUUGAUUACUCUUCUUGGACGUGCUGGAAGAUUGCAUGAAGCGUAUGAGAUUCUACAAAGCAACCCUGAAAUCAGUGACGAUUUUCAGCUGUUAAGCACCUUAUUUUCUGCAUGUCGUUUACACAAAAAUCUUGAUUUAGGGGUUGAAAUUGCAGAAAACCUUAUUGACAAGGAUCCUGAUGAUUCAUCAACCUAUAUUAUCUUAUCGAAUAUGUAUGCUUCUUUCGGUAAAUGGGAUGAGGUACGGAUGGUCAGAUCUAAGAUGAAAGAUCUUGGAUUAAAGAAGAAUCCGGGGUGUAGUUGGAUUGAGAUUAACGAGAAGAUCGUUCCUUUUUUUGUCGAAGACAAUUCACACUAUCAUCUAGAAGGGAUUGGUAACAUCCUUUCGUAUCUAACUAGUCACAUGGAAGACGAGUGUAAACCAAUUUAUAUGUCAGUUUGAUGUUGAAGCAAAACAAUUUUACUAUCUCAAAUUAGCAAAACGGGAUAAGCUUAGAAGAUGGACAUGAUGAGGAUCCUGAGACAAUGAUCUUUGAUUUCACCAAGGCUUACCAACUCAAUGGAUAAUUGGAGCUAUCAUUCAUAACAUGUGGAAGAAAAUGUGCUUUAUGCAUAAUGCCCAUUCAUCAUAUACGAACUUGUUUUUUUUUUUUUUUAAAGAGCAGGUGCGUCUACAUAUAGAAAUACAUACAUGCACAUGACGUAGAGCCUUCUCUCCAUCUAUAUCAUCUAUCAAUCAAUGUACUAAAGGAAAAUAGGUUCAACAUUACACUGGUAGUCUGGUAUGAUUGCAAUUGCUAAACGUAAGUUUGAACCAUAGCAGUACAUUUCUGCACAUAACUUAAAUUUGUGACAAUAUGUACCUAGGUGAGUUAUACAACAAAGAACAUGACCAGUUACUUGAUCCAUAUGGUAUCUGAUCCGUAUACAGAAUAAGAGAUAUUGGUGCAUAUAAUAAAAUAAUAGUUGGCCCUUUGAGGUAUCUUUUUGUGAAUUUGAUAUCAUAUUACCUUCCCCAACAUGUUAAAUGUACUUAUUUGACUUAAAUAUUGUAGGCAUAUUUACAGUAUGACAUAUCUGAGAAUUACGAUAUGGCUGCGGUACUAGUGCGGUAGGCACUAUAAUCUCUUUAAUGUUCUUGGUAUUUGUUUUUUUCUUGAAGAACAAUCUAUUCAAAGUAGCAGAUAUAUUGCCCGUCCUCUGAACUCAAUUGAUUCUUCUUAUAGUACUAAUGCUCAAAUGAGCAGCAUCUUGAAGGAAUAGAAGUUAAUAUCCAUGUCUGCCACAGACACUAUUCAAUAGCUUCAUAGGGAAACAACGUUGUGUCAUAAAAUCCAACAGUACGAAGCAUCCAACCAAGCAGGUAUAUAGUACACAAACAAAACACACCAUAAUGAAGUCCAAUUUUCAGAUACACACAACACACCAUAAGAUGAGAAGUGGUUGCAAUAUUCAUGCUAUGCUAUAUUGGAACUCUCCUCAUCUUUAGUUUCUGUUUUCUUCUUCCCUUCCCCUGUUCCAGGUAUGGCUUGAUAUGCACACAUGUUCUGGUUCUGAUUCUUUUGACCAUACAUACAGCCUAUUCUGUUCUCUGACGGGGAAGCUGUUGGUGAUGGAGCUGCUGUUAGUGAACCAUCAAGAUUUACUAGACACAAAUCUAGACUCAUCACAGUCACAGCUGUGCCUAAUGGAGAUGCAGAGUUUGAAUCAAUGAUGAAUGAUAUAAUAUUGACAUGGUAGAACUCAGAAGAAGUAAAGAUGAGAUAGACGCGGCAGCAUGAUUUCGAUUACCUGUAGAACUUGAUUUUAGUGGGUUGUCAUUUGGAUUGUUGGCAUAAGUCAUUUUGAUUACUUUUAGAACUGUAAUUAGUAAGUUAAGUUACAUUGGGUUCUGAUUUUAAUGUUAAUGAAAAAUGACCAAAAUUACUUAUAAUUAUCAAGUAUGAAUUAUGAUUCCAUUUC